AUGGGGAGCGUGCAGCUGCAGGACUUCGUGGCGGGCUUGGUGGGCGGAGUUGCCAGUGUGGUUGCAGGCCAUCCCCUGGACACAGUCAAGACUCGUUUGCAAGCUGGACAAGGAUAUGGAAAUACACUCAAGUGUGUUCUCACUGUGUACAGAAAUGAGUCUCUGGCUGGCUUCUUCAAGGGCAUGUCCUUCCCACUGGCCAGCAUUGGCAUCUACAGCUCGGUGGUGUUUGGUGUGUUCAGCAACGUGCAGCGGCUCCUGAGCCAGCUCCGCCACGGGGACCCGGCCACCGCGCCGUCGCUCACCGACAUGACUCUGGCCAGCAUCGUGGCAGGGGUCAUCUCCGUGGGCAUUGGCACUCCUGUGGAACUGGUCAAGAUAAGGCUACAGAUGCAAACACAGCCAUACAACAAAGCAAACGUUAAACUAAAUUCCAGAGUUCCUGGAUCUCCUGUGUACCGAGGCCCAAUUCACUGCUUAAGGACAAUCCUAGAGAAAGAGGGGAUAGCAGGAAUAUACCGAGGCAACGUAGCAAUGCUCCUGAGGGAUGUUCCCGGGUACUGCGCCUACUUCAUCCCGUACGCAAUGUUCUGUGACUGGAUAACUCCUGAUGGAAGCAUGUCUCCUAACCCCUUGUCUAUCUGGGUGGCAGGGGGUGUAGCAGGAGCUGUUUCCUGGGCGGUAUGUACUCCAAUGGAUGUUGUGAAAAGUAGACUUCAGGCAGAUGGAGUUUAUUUAAACCAGUACAAAGGGAUUCUUGACUGCAUGUUGCAGAGCUACCAGAACGAGGGCUUGAAAGUCUUUUGUAGGGGCCUCAUGGUCAAUACAGUGCGAGGAUUCCCAUCGAGUGCAGCCAUGUUUCUUGGCUAUGAACUUUCUCUCAAAGCAAUGAAAAAAUGCCAAACUGAGACCAAUUCCUAACUGCCAGGAGUGUUGCCAAGAAGACAAGAAAGUCUCCUACUUUCCUGAGCAGACCAGCAGUGUGGUGCUGGUGAGGGCUCAGCUGCUCUGACCAAGGAUCCCAUCCCGCACCUACGGCAACUGCUGUGGACACGUGGUCCAUGGGCUCCAAAAAUCGCACCAGCUCCGUCAAAUCCAAAGACUAUUUUACUUCAAAUCUUUCAUUGUUGACUAAGAACACCUUGAUAAUUCCAGUGGUAGUGGUGAGGUUCUUCAGCAAUG